AAAUCCGCGACCCAAUCCAACAGCAGCGACGAGCUGACUAACUCCAGUCUUUUUGAUUGUGUAACAGAUAAGAGAGAGAUAGAACACUGCUCCUUUCUCAGCUUCCAUCAAUGGCGGUCUCUCCCGCUUCUUCUACCUUCUUCGCUCAGUCGCAGCUCCACAACCAACGUCUUCCAUUCUCCACCGUCGUUCCUUCUUCCAAAUUCCAAUCCCUCCUCUUCCAUUGCCGCUCCAUCAAGCCGAGGCGGUUUCACUCUCGGCGUUUGGCACUGCGCGCUUCCGCCUCCGCAAACGUGACGCUAGACUCCGGCAAUGGCGCUGCCGUCGCUUCUACCGAUAAGGAGCUGGACGAUUUUUCUUCUUCUUCAUACGGAAGGAGAUUCUUUCCUUUAGCUGGUGUUGUUGGACAGGAUGCUAUCAAGACAGCUCUUCUGCUUGGGGCGACCGAUCGUGAGAUUGGGGGAAUUGCGAUCUCUGGUAAGCGAGGAACAGCCAAGACUGUAAUGGCUCGAGGUUUGCACGCGAUAUUGCCACCCAUUGAUGUGGUUAUCGGAUCCAAUUCAAAUGCCGAUCCAGCUUGCCCAGAAGAGUGGGAAGACGGCCUAGCUGAGCGAGUGGAAUAUGGUGCGGAUGGCAAUGUGAAGAGCCAAGUUGUGAGAUCUCCAUUUGUUCAGAUUCCGCUUGGUGUCACGGAGGACAGACUGAUCGGAUCAGUCGAUGUUGAGGAGUCUGUCAAAAGUGGAACAACUGUGUUUCAACCAGGCCUUCUGGCUGAAGCUCAUAGAGGUGUUCUAUAUGUUGAUGAGAUCAACCUUCUGGACGAGGGAAUUAGUAACUUGCUCCUCAAUGUGUUGACUGAUGGAGUUAACAUAGUCGAAAGAGAGGGAAUCAGCUUUAGGCACCCUUGCAAGCCUCUCUUGAUUGCGACCUAUAAUCCUGAAGAGGGAGCUGUUCGUGAACACUUGCUAGAUCGUAUUGCAAUUAACUUGAGUGCAGAUAUUCCAAUGAACUUCGAAGAUCGGGUUGCAGCUGUUGGAAUUGCAACACAAUUCCAAGAACGCUGUAAUGAAGUAUUUAAAUUGGUCUCCGAAGAAACUGAAUUAGCAAAGACACAGAUCAUUUUGGCUCGAGAAUAUUUGAAAGAUGUAUCUGUUAGUCGGGAUCAAUUGAAGUACUUGGUUAUGGAAGCCCUUCGAGGUGGUUGUCAGGGACAUCGAGCUGAACUAUAUGCUGCCCGUGUUGCAAAAUGCUUGGCUGCUCUGGAAGGGCGUGAAAAAGUCGGCGUAGAUGACCUGAAAAAAGCUGUGGAAUUGGUCAUUCUACCCAGGUCAAAUAUAACUGAAACCCCGCCAGAUCAGCAAAACCAGCAGCCUCCGCCGCCACCCCCUCCACAAAAUAAAGACUCUGGUGAUGAGCAGGAAGAGGAGGAGGAAAAUGAGGAAGAUGACGAGGAGAACAAGGAUGAAGAAGAGAACGAACAGCAGCCACAAAUACCUGAAGAGUUUAUUUUUGAUGCAGAGGGAGGCUUAGUGGAUGAGAAACUUCUCUUCUUUGCACAACAAGCACAGAGACGUAAAGGCAAAGCUGGCAGAGCAAAGAACAUAAUUUUUUCUGAGGAUAGAGGUCGAUACAUCAAACCAAUGCUCCCAAAGGGACCUGUGAAGAGAUUAGCAGUUGAUGCAACUCUUAGGGCUGCAGCUCCAUAUCAGAAGCUGAGGAGAGAAAAGGACACCCUAAGGACUAGGAAAGUAUAUGUUGAGAAAAGCGACAUGAGGGCCAAAAGAAUGGCUCGAAAAGCUGGAGCACUGGUUAUAUUUGUGGUUGAUGCAAGUGGCAGUAUGGCAUUGAACCGAAUGCAAAAUGCCAAAGGUGCUGCACUUAAGCUGCUGGCCGAGAGCUACACAAGCAGGGAUCAGGUCGCUAUCAUUCCUUUUCGAGGUGAUGCAGCGGAAGUCCUUCUACCUCCCUCCAGAUCGAUUUCAAUGGCUAGGAAACGUCUAGAACGACUCCCAUGUGGCGGUGGCUCUCCCCUAGCCCACGGCCUUACAACUGCUGUCAGGGUGGGACUGAAUGCAGAGAAGAGUGGUGAUGUUGGACGAAUCAUGAUAGUUGCCAUAACCGAUGGCCGAGCCAAUAUCUCUCUCAAACGCUCCACGGACCCUGAAUCGCUUGCUCCUGAUGCUCCAAGACCAUCCACUAAGGAAUUGAAGGAGGAGAUUCUGGAAGUAGCUGCGAAGAUAUACAAAGCCGGGAUGUCUUUGCUUGUCAUUGACACCGAGAACAAGUUCGUCUCCACCGGUUUUGCGAAGGAGAUCGCGAGGAUCGCCCAAGGGAAAUAUUAUUACUUGCCAAAUGCUACGGAUGCUGUCAUUUCUGCUACAACCAGGGACGCUUUAUCUGAUCUGAAGAACUCUUGAUCAUAUAACCAAUCCCCUGGGCUGCUGAAUACGUUGAAGAUCGAGCGAGAACUUGCCAAUAUAUUCAUUCACAUUCCCUCAGUGGUACUCUUCUACUAAUCCGCGGCUCCUGAAUUCGACAUGUUACUUGACAAGCCUUCACCUGUUUGGUUUCUGAUCUUUUAGGACUCGGGCUACCACGAUCUUGUAAUCAUCUAUGUCGGAGCAAACUCGAUCUGUUUCUCGAACGGUGUUAACUUCUCAUGACUUUGCUUGUGUGACCUGUAAUAGAUCAGAACUCAACCCGCCAUGAUACGUAAUCGACAUAAGCGAAGAAGCAAUAGAUUCAAUAUGAACUACACCACACAUUAAACAUCACAACCAGCUACAUUGCAAGCUAAACAAACACUCCAAUAGGCAUAAAUUGAAGAAACAACAUAGAAAUGAGGGCGACGAACAUGAAUCUCUGUCUUUUGGCCUUGCCAUUGUUCUCAAGUCAUUGCAUCAUAUGCUAUUGGAAUCAAGUGCAAGCUAUGCUUUCUUCUGACCCCAGCACCAAAGCACUCGGUCAUAUCAAGAUUCUCAUGGGUAAUUCCACUGGGUAGUUUCCAAUCGAAAUGAUAGAGCAUAUUUGCCAAUGUCAAUUUCACGGCACUCCAUCCAAACGACAUUCCGGGACACAUUCUCCUCCCGGAACUAAAAGGUAUGAAUUCCAGAUUAUUCCCGGUAUAAUCACUAGGACGGUCAGUGAACCUUUCCGGGACGAACUUAUCAGCUUCCUGCCAGAAACGGGGAUCUCGUCCGAUCGCCCAGGCAUUAAUGAUAACUUUAGUUCCAGAAGGAAUCUCAUACCCAAGGACCUCUGCCCGUUCCCGAGCUUCUCUGGGAAGAAGCAAAGGAAGCGGGGGGUGCAAUCUCAAGCUCUCCUGAAUAACCGAAUCCAAGUAAGCGAGAUUAUGAAGACCCUCCUCAUCGACGACACCACCACGAAACGUUUUUCUCACCUCAUCAUGUGCUCUCUGCAUCGCACCCGGAUGUCUUAUCAAUUCGGACAUGGUCCACUCCACCGUUGUUGAGGUCGUCUCGAUACCAGCAAGAAAUAUGUCCAAAAUGACCGCUUUGAUGGAUUCGAUGGUCAACGGGAAUUCCAAUUCACCCCCAUCUUCCUGAAGAUUCAGAAAAACAUCCACGAGAUCCUCGGAAUAGUUGCGAUCAGCUGCGGCCGCGGUGUUUCGACGUCGGGCUUUGUGUUCGUCGAUGAUGUCCUCAAGCAUCCCGUCCGCCGCCAGAUGCAACUCGGUGAGGCGGGAUCGGAACCCGGUCAACGCCGGAAGGAACUUGACCGAAGGGAACAGAUCCGACACGGCGAAACCGCCCAUCGCCUCGCAAAGCCCCGAAACGAUCUCCAUGAACUCCGCCUCCUUGUCGUCAUCCACCGCCAUCCCGAACGCCGCCCUGAAAAUGAGGCUGCUGGUUGACGUCAGCAAAAGCCUGCUGACGUCAACGGCGGCGCCGCCUGCGGCGGCGCUAAUUACGGCGGCAACGAGUUUGGAGGCUUCGGAUUCCCUGACGGGGCGGAGGGAGAGGACCCUCCUGGAGCUCAGCAGCUCGACGACGCAGAUCUUCCGCAUCUGGCGCCAGUAAGGGCCGUAAGGCGCGAGGCCGAUGUCCCUGGCGCCGUAGAGGACGACGUCGCCGAGCAGGAGCCGCGGCCGCGACGCAAAGCUGAGGUCGUGGGCUUUCGCCUUUCAGCACCUCCGCGGCGGCUUCCGGGCUCGAGACCACGAUGUAGGAGAGCUCGCCGAGCUGGAGGCCCAUCACGUGUGGGCCGUGCUUGUGGGCCAGCUCCCGCAGCACGUGGUGGGGGAGCCCACCGCCGAUGAGCUGGUGGAUGUUGCCGAUCACCGGCAGCUUCCAUGGGCCCGGUGGUGGUAAUUUCCCCGCCGAGUGGGAUCUGGUACUAAUUGCGGCGGCUGACUUGUUUCGGAGAAGUAAUAGUAAUAUUGAUAUCGAUCCCAGUAUGAUUAGCGUGGUAAUCACUGUGGUUGAGGGGAUGGCGGCGGAGAAAU